CGCUGCGUUUAAGCGGCAAACAUGUAGGAACCCCAUCACCGAGCGCGAGCCAUCGUUCCCGCCUCUCUGAAAAUGCUGGUACUCAAAACACUGAAGCAAACCCAAUGGAAACAAAACCUCAAACGCUUCUCGACCCUUUACAAACCACCAAAAACUGACCUCCCCGCAAUAGUUUCCACCAACAUUUCCAUAACUAGCCACUGCAAAACCGGCCAACUCGACAUUGCUCGCAAACUAUUCGACGAAAUGCCCCACCGAACCGUCGUCUCAUGGAACGCCAUGAUUUCCGGGUACUCGAAGUGGGGCAGAUUCGGGGACGCUCUGUUUUUGGUUUCGGCUAUGCAUCGUGGUGGUGGUGGUAAUGUAGGACCAAAUGAUUCCACCGUAACAUCAGCGCUUGGAGCGUGCGCGCGUUCCGGGUGUUUGAGGGAGGGAAUGGAGGUGCAUUGUUUGGUGGUGAAGUCCGGGUUGGAGAGGUUCGAGAUUCUGGGGAGUUCGUUGUUGUGUUUUUACGCUAGCUGUUUGAAAAUUGGGGAAGCUGAGCGGGUUUUUGAGGAGUUGCGUGGGGGGAAUGAGUUGUUGUGGGGGUGAUGCUGGUUGGUUAUGUGCAAUGUAACUUGAUGGAGAGUGCUGUGGAGUUUUUUGAGAGGAUGCCGAAGAAGGAUGUUGCGGCGUGGAGUAGUUUGAUUUCGGGGUAUGUGAAGAGGGAAGAUGGGUGUGAGAGGGCGUUGGAGUUGUUUGGGUUGAUGAGGGAGAGUGGUGAGGUGGUGCCGAAUGAGUUUACUUUCGACUCUGUUGUAAGGGCUUGUGGGAAACUGGGAGUGCUGUGGGUAGGGAUGGUUAUUCAUGGCCUUUCAGUGAAAUGUGGUGUUGAUUUUGAUGUAUUUGUUAGUGUUGCGUUGAUAGAGUUCUAUAGUGAUUGCCAAGCUGUGGACUUUGCCAAGAGAGUUUAUGAAGGAAUGGAGAACCCGAGUUUAAAUGCUUCCAAUGCAUAUAUAGGGAGGCUUGUAUCGAUGGGUAGGAUUGAAGAUGCAGAGAGAGUUUUUGAUGGAGUGAAAGAGAAGGAUUCAGUUUCAUACAAUUUGAUGAUUAAAGGUUAUGCGAUGAGGGAUCAAGUCAAUGAGGCAAAGAGGUUAUUUGAGUGUAUGAAGCACAGAACUAUAGUUUCUUCCAAUACAAUGAUUUCUGUGUACUCCAGGAAUGGUGAGAUUGAUAAGGCUUUACAGCUUUUUGAAGAAACGAAAGGGGAAAGAGACCAUGUGACAUGGAGUGCCAUGAUGUCGGGUUAUAUUCAUAAUCAGCAACAUGAGGAGGCUCUGGAACUAUAUGUUACAAUGUGCAGAUUAUCAAUAGACCGUACAAGAUCAACAUUCGCUGCUCUAUUUCAUGCCUGUUCAUGCCUUGGUUCUCUUGAGUUGGGACAAGUGCUCCAUGCCCAGUUGAUCAAGACACCAUUUGAAUCGAAUGUAUAUGUUGGAACUUCUCUAAUUGAUAUGUAUUCGAAAUGCGGGUGCAUCACUGAUGCAGAAACAUCCUUUAACAGCAUUACUUCACCCAAUGUGGCAGCUUGGACAGCUCUCAUUAAUGGGUGUGCACAACAUGGGCUUGGCUCUGAGGCAGUUUUGUUGUUUGAGAGAAUGUUAAAGCAAGGAUUCAUCCCUAAUGCUGCUACUGUUUUUGGGGUUCUGUCUGCCUGCAAUCAUUCUGGCCUAGUCAAUGAAGGCAGGAGAAUAUAUGACUUAAUAGAAAAAAGUUAUGGGAUAAACCCAAGUUUGGAACACUGUGCAUGCAUAGUAGAUCUUCUUGGUCGGUCUGGCCGUCUACAAGAAGCUAUGGAUUUUAUUGAAGAAAUGACCGUUGAACCAGAUGGAGUUAUCUGGGGAGCAAUGCUCAAUGCGUGUUGGUUGUGGAUGGACACAGAACUCGCUGAGCAGGGGAAGUUUGAGGAGAAGAUCAACGCUAGAAACAGAUUGAGAAAAUUGAAAGCAAAAAAGGAUCCUGGAUGCAGUUGGAUUCGGCUGAAUUUCCAAGUUCAUCAAUUCUCUGUACAAGAUACUAACCAUCCUCAUUGUACCAUGAUUUACAAAACUUUGGAGCAUCUGACAGCAAAUAUGAACUCUAUUGUUGAAUUUGGUUCUGUUUAUAUGCCAACAGUAAACUCUAGUUCUAUCUAUGCAACAUAUAUUCUAUAACCACAUUCACAACAGCUGUUUAUUCUAUACAUUCC